AUGUCAAAAAAAAAUCAAAGAAACGGAUUUUACUAUUUUAUGCUAGAUUUUAAAAAAAGGGAAGAAAAAAAUGGAAAUAAAUUUGCUAGCUUAACUGAAAUUCAAGCUAAUGCCAAGUGUAGUAAGGAAUGGCAAGAAUUGUCGGCUGACCAAAAAAAAAUGUACAACGGUAGAGCAAAAAAAAACACCCAAGAAAAAAAAACCGGUCUUGGUGAAUCAGUGAAGACAUUAGAAGUACGAGAGAUAGAAAAUCAAAAAUAUGAAACAAAUAUGAGAGAGUACAUUGACACUACAAUUAGACAGGACAUUUAUACCAACCGAAUUAAAAUUAUAUCAUUCUACUUUAUUCAUGUUCACUGGUAUUACACCAAAACAGAUAUGGAAAAUGUUGUUGAUUACAUACCGGCUGAAUUUGCAGUCGUUGAAUUUUCUUUAAGUGAAGGUGUGAAAAGAUGUUGCCACGAAAUUAUUAAAUUGAAAAUUGAAAUCGGUUAUGCAAGAGAAGCUAUGGAACAUUCUGAUGAGGUCCACAAAAUUGAGAUUUUCCAAGAUGAUGAAGAAACUAAUUACAAAGAUGUAUACAAAAAAUUUUAUGACUUUAUGACACUUGGAGAUAAAUCAAUGAAAAAACUUCCACCUUUGUAUACGACAAACAAAAUGAAGACUGUUGUUCCUUGUUUCUUCCAGAGGAUAACUGACGCAGCAGGAGUUCCUGCUGAUACAUUUGAUUUGUAUUCAUUGGAAUAUUUGUUUGGUACUUUAAUGAUGGAAUUAAAUGAAGGAUUUCCAGAGACCGGGAAUCGUACUUUGUUAGCAGAGGCUGAAUUGAAUAAGGGAGCUUUCGACUACGUACAAAAUAUUGGCUGCGCGUAUCACAACAAGCUUUUUGAUAUUGGAAACUUGUGCUGUCAAGCUAUUGUAACUCAAUGGGCCUACACACUGUGUGAUGCAUUUUGUCCGAUAUUAAAUAUUAAAAUGAUUGAAGGAAUACACUGCCCUGAUAAAGAUGUAAACCGUAAAAGAGCAGGUGGAUCUUUGACAAUUACUUAUGGCCAGACUGAUCCAAAUCCUUCAAUUAUUGUUCCUUCCGCCAGUUCAUCAGUGUCUAAUUACAAAGCAAUGGGAAGUUCAAGUCGGGCUCCUAUUUCACUGUCCCAAGUACUUGUGGGGGUUGAAGCUAAUCUGGUACCUAAUGAUGAAGACUUUCCCGAAAUUGGUUCAUCUAAAUUCAAGUCACGUUCUAAAAAAAAUUAG